CCGGCGGGGAGGAGGAGCUGCUCUUUCUUGCUCAACUCAGUAUUUUGCUUCGCCAAAUGAACUGGUCGCAGUUAACCAACCUGCAUGACAUCCCAUGGCUCAUUGGUGACGCGAAAGAUAAAUUCACUUCAUUUCUCCUCGGAAGAGUUAGUCUAUUUCUUUAUACCUGGCGACCUUGUUUUUCAUUCUUCCAAGCAACACUCGAAAUUCAUCUCUCAAUAUGUCUGAUGGGGAAUAUGAUUACCUCAUCAAGUUCCUAGCCCUGGGAGACUCGGGUGUGGGAAAGACCAGUUUUCUCUACCAGUACACUGACGGCAAGUUCAACUCCAAGUUUAUCACAACAGUGGGAAUUGACUUCAGAGAAAAACGAGUGAUAUACGAUUCCACUGGUCCCGAUGGCUCCUCUGGACGAAAACAGAAGAUCCACAUGCAGCUGUGGGACACGGCGGGGCAGGAGAGAUUUCGAAGUUUGACCACGGCUUUCUUUCGGGAUGCGAUGGGUUUCAUUCUCUUGUUUGACCUCACCAAUGAGCAAAGUUUUCUCAACGUUCGAAACUGGAUGAGCCAGUUACAGGUUCACGCUUACUGUGAAAAUCCAGACGUGAUUCUGUGCGGCAACAAAUGUGAUCUGGCCGAUCAGAGAGCCGUGAACGAGGAAGAAGCCCGAGAGCUGGCAGAAAAGUAUGGGAUCCCUUACUUUGAGACGAGUGCGGCGAAUGGACAGAACGUCAGUCAGGUCGUGGACGUGCUGCUUGACUUCGUCAUGAAGAGGAUGGAACGAUGCGUGGACAAGUCGUGGAUUCCGGACGGAACCUUCCGAACAAACGGUCACAACAACGCAGAUUUGGCAGAGACCUCGGAAGGAAGCAAAUGUUCGUGUUAAGAGUGCGGAGGUGUCAGUGAAAUACAUAAAAUAGGACAGAGUGGAAUCUGUUUCAGUUCAAACAUACCAAGUGGCUCCCCUGUAAAACUGCCGAUUGGUGAUAUUUUGUUGGGAUACCGUGUAGUCGUACUGUAUGUCGCUUAUUGACCUUUCCAGUCAUAGAUGGACAUUUGUUACUUGGGGUGGUGGAUAUUUAUGUACAAUAUUGCUGAAAUGUCCAAUUGUGAAGCUAAAUUCAUUUUCAGGAAUAUAGAUGGUAAUUCAGCAAAGUGAGUUGCCAUACCACAUAGGCCAUAAAUACACAAUUUAAAUCUCUACAUGUACUUCCAGCUUAUAUACUUCUAGGAAAGUUUGUCCUGCUGAAUUUCAUGUUGCAGUUAGAAUCUUGCUCAAACCUUUCAGUAUUCAGAUCGUUUGAUAUUGAGCAUCAACACUUGUGCCAUGUUGUUUACUCCUCCACAUAAACUCUGUAUGUUAUCAAUUCAGUUAGCUCAUUUUGUUGUUAUAGUAGACACAAGAUACAUUUUUAGCAUCUCUCAGACUUGGCUAGCCAUUUAUGUGCAAUAACAAUUACAGUAGAUUGUGGACUUUAAUUAUUUGGCAUCAUUGCUGUCCAUAACAAUAAAAAGAAAUUUGUCCUGUAAGACAUACAGAAACAGAGAAAAAUUACAAUGUCAAAAGAAAAUUCAUAUUUUUGUGUACUGACUGUUGAAUACGUCUUUCAAUCUACGUACAUUAUACGUACAUUUAAAGCAAAAUAUAUGUAACAUUCAGUUUUUUUU